UCGAAGUUGAGACUCGAUGAGCUUCGAACGUCCUGCGCCAUGUCGAAAUUCAUUAAGCGACAUGAGGAGAUCGUUUCUGCACGCUGCCAAGCGCGCCAAGCUGCGCGAGCAGGGAGCGGUGUUGGAUUCACAGAGGCGGAGCUAGAGGCGGCACAAUGGGCUCGGAAGCUGCCCGAAGUUCAAAUGCAGAUUUCUCGGAGGACGAAUGGCGAUCUGAGAGGAGGAAAGGGCAUUCUUGCAACAUCUCGAAAGCCGUCGUCAAGAGCCACCGAGGUUGUCAGCCUUGGCGAGGAGAAGAGCAAGACUGACGGUGAAACAUCGAAGAAAAGGGCCAAGGCCAAAGAAAAGCACAAAGAAAGUAAGAAGCACAAAGACGACAGAGCUACCGAAGCCGAAAGAGAAAGAAGCCUAGGUGCGACAGAGGGUUGUGUGCCGCAGAGCGACACAAAGAAGGAGGAGAAAAAGGAGAAGAAAGACAAGAAAGCAAAAAAUCCGAUGGACAAGAAGGACAAGAUAGAAAGGAAGCGGCUGAAGAAAGAAAGGAAGGAGAAAAGAAAAUCCGAACGGAAAGGAACGGAGAAGGCAAGAGGAAAGAAAGAAAGAAAGAGAGAGAAGAUAGAGAAGGAGAAGGAGCGGAAGAAGGCGAAGAGCGGCACCGAGAAGGCCGUUGAGAAUGACACUGAUGCGCUGGAUCCGCUGGAUCCUUCUUCGCAUCUUGAGGCGAAGGCCUUGGAGAUGAAGAUGCGUCGCAAAUUGGCAAAAGAAAUGCGACGUGAGCAGAGGCGCUUGAAGCGAGAGGAGCACGAGCGCUUGCGAAAGGAGUUGGCUGAAGCCGAUGACUGGCACGAUGCCAUUGGUCAGCUUAUUGAGGCCGCCGAGGCACGAAGCAAAGAAGUGCCAGAGCCUCAAGAAGGUGAGGAUGCGGGUCUCGCGCCGACCUGUCCACCACCGGCACUGACGCCGUCUUUCCACUCUGAGCCUUCUCAACACCAACACCCUGAGCACUCUGAGCACUCUGAGCCUGCCCCAUUCCGGACUUUGGAGCAGCUGGUCAAAGAGCUGGAUGAACUUGAGAGGUUGAGGAAGGCAGCAAAGCAAGCAAAGAGAUCAAAGCCGGAGGAUGCGGAGGACGUGGAGGGCGACGCUCCAGACGCUCCAGGGGACGGAGAUGCACAGCCCGGACCUGUUCCAAAUGAUCCCAUGAACCCGUUGAAUGCGGCCUACGACAUGAGGGCUUAUGAGCUGCUAAGAAAACUUCGACUGGAUGAAGAGCAUCAAAUCUCUCAGAUAGCCUUGGAUGAACCAGACUGGGAUCAUUUGGGCUAUUUGAGACGCUCUCCAUCACCGUGCCGUUUGCGAACGAAGGGCACCAUGUGGCCCACCCGCAAGGGUGCCUGGCGCAGCCGUGCCGGCGGGGUCUAUUUGCCACCUGAGCUCAACCCUGAGAAACGAGGCUCACCAAGCCUCAGCCCCGCGCGCUGGAUGUAUCCAGAAGAGUUUAAUCGACCCUUGCAGAAAGCGCGGCGGUCUCCAUCGUAUGAACGCUUCGAGCGGGAGGAAAUCUCAACGUCGAGCAGUAGUUCCUCUUCCUCUUCGUCGUCCACAAUACCGAAGAAACGGAAGAAACGGAACGUUGCGAGCUCGGAGAGUAGACUGAGUCGACCAUCUCCGACAUACGACUGAUGGCAUGGAAGACCCACAAAAUGUACAGAUGGGCGACAUGUGCCACUCGACACGUGCUUGAAACAUCUUGAAACGAGGACAAUCAGGUGAUGACCAAGAAAAGAUAGAGCGAACAAACUGUGAUUUAGUAUAUUUAGUAUAGUGUUGACG